AUGGGGUUGCUUAAUCCAUCAAAUCCCUCACUUGCUCGAUUCUUUUCUCCCACAAAGGUGCAGGCCGCGAGGGAGCAAGCAGAUGCUAAUGAAACUGCGAAAAUCGAUGAUCAGGCAAGCAAGGAGGAUAUGAAGCUUCAACGAGCGAUUCUUCAUGAGCAAAAGCAGGCAGAGCUCAUGGAGCGGAAGGAACAACGUGAGAAGGAAUGUUUAGAAGCUGCUCAACACCAUGAGGAGGCCAAAGCUGCAGCUGCAGCUAAACAUUGUAUAGAGAAGCAACGCACAGUUGGCAAAGAAGGCACUCACGGAGGCCUCAAAGAGGCCUACAAGAAGAUCAACAGUGGGCUCAAAACACCGUAG